GAAUGAGGGAGGGAGAGAUCGAGAAGCUUCGAGGAGUUGUGAGGGACUGCGUGAGCAAGCACCUUUACUCCUCCGCCAUCUUCUUCGCCGACAAAGUCGCCGCCUUCACCAACGACCCCGCCGACAUCUACAUGCAAGCCCAGGCUCUCUUCCUCGGCCGCCACUACCGCCGCGCCUUCCACCUCCUCAACGCCUCCAAGAUCGUCCUCCGCGACCUCCGCUUCCGCUACCUCGCCGCCAAGUGCCUCGAGGAAUUGAAGGAGUGGGAUCAAUGCCUAUCAAUGCUGGGUGAAGCUAAAGUUGAUGAUAAUGGAAAUGUUUCUGACACUAAGGACUCUAAUGUCAUGUACUUGGAUAAAGACAGUGAAGAUCGUGAAAUCAAUAUAUCUUCUGCAAUAUGCUUCUUAAGGGGAAAAGCAUAUGAAGCUCUAGAAAACCGUGCCCAGGCUCGAUUGUGGUACAAAGCUGCUAUAAAAGCAGAUCCUUUAUGCUAUGAGGCUUUGGAAUGUCUGAUUCAGAAUCACAUGCUUACAUGUGAGGAAGAAGCAAAUUUGAUCUCAUCAUUGCAAUUUGGUAGUGAGGAUGGAUGGCUCUCGUCAUUUUAUUCUUGUUUGAUAAAGAAGUAUGAUAAAGAAAAUGUUGUAGAAGCUAAGUUCAGAGAUCUUGAGAAUGAAAGCUGUAAAAGUGAUCUAUCUGAUCCUUCUUUCUCGCGCUCACUAAAAACUAACACUGAUCUAUUGGCCUGCAAAGCUGAAUAUUAUCAUCAGUGUGGUGAAUAUCAGAAAUGUUUUGAGUUAACAUUUGUUUUGCUUGAGAAGGAUCCUUUCCAUCUAAAGAGUACAUUAGUACAUCUGGCGGCUGCUAUGGAGCUUGGGCAUUCAAAUGAGCUCUAUCUGAUGGCAUGCAAUUUGGUGAAGGAUUAUCCUCAAAAGGCUUUAUCAUGGUUUGCUGUUGGUUGCUAUUACUAUUGUAUCAAGAAGUAUGAACAAUCCCGCCCUUAUUUCAGCAAGGCAACUAGUCUAGAUGGAACAUUCCCCCCUGCAUGGAUAGGCUAUGGGAAUGCCUUUGCCGCUCAAGAAGAGGGUGACCAGGCUAUGUCAGCUUACCGCACUGCAGCUCGUUUGUUUCCUGGGUGCCAUUUACCAUCUCUUUAUAUUGGAAUGGAAUGCAUGCGAACUCACAGCUAUAAGAUUGCAGAGCAGUUUUUUAUGCAGGCUAAGUCUAUUUGCCCCUCAGAUCCACUUGUGUUUAAUGAACUUGGAGUUGUUGCCUAUCAUAUGCAAGAGUAUAAGAAAGCUGUGUGGUGGUUCGAGAAAACAUUAGCCCUUAUUCCAACUGCCUUAUGUGAAAUGUGGGAACCGACUGUUGUCAAUCUUGCUCACGCAUACAGAAAGUUGAAGAUGUACCGAGAAGCAAUUUCAUAUUAUGAGAAAGCAAUUGCAUUAUCAACAGGAAGUGUGAGCACUUAUGCCGGUCUUGCAUAUACUUACCACUUACAGGAUGAUUUCACUACAGCAAUUACAUGUUAUCACAAAGUGAGUGAUUGUGAUUCAAUAUUGCUUGUAUCCAUGGCCUUGUGGUUGGAACCAGAGGAUCAGUUCUGCACUGAAAUGUUAAAUUGGGCUCUAGUAGAUGAAAGCCGAAGGGGUGUUGACACCAAUGUAUAAUUCCGAUGAAGUCCUAUUUGAUUAUGAUGGUGCAACUUCAUUUACUUUUGUUGUAAUAUAUGUAUGUAAACAAUACAUUAGCGACAAAGUUAAUACAUUAACGCCAAGCUAAUGUGUUGCAAUUUUCUUUUGUAUGUAGUUAUAUUUUUAUUUAAGACAUGAAGAUUUUGUUUAAUUUUGCCUUAUUGAGGAUGUAAUUUAGCGUAUUCCAAUUAAU